CCCGAGGGCCGGGGGGGUAAAACAUGCUGUCCGCCGCCGUUCAGAUCCUGGCGUUCGCCCUGGCGCUGCUGGGCGUCCUGGGCGCCACCGUGGCGACGCUGCUGCCCAACUGGAAGGUGAGCGUGAACGCGUGGAGCAGCAUCAUGACCCCCAUCUCUCAGAUGCAGGGUCUGUGGGCGGACUGCGUGUGGUACAGCUCCGGCGUCUUCAGCUGCACCAUGAAGGACUCGGUGCUGUCGCUGCCGCCGUCGCUGCAGAUGAUGCGGGCCGGCAUGGUUCUGUGCUGCAUGGUGGCGGCGUUCGGGCUCUGUCUCGCCUCGCUGGGGCUCAAAUGCACCCGGUGGGGGGGCAGCCAUCGGGCGAAGGGCCACACGGCGAUGGCGGCGGGCGGCUGCUUCGUUCUGGCCAGCCUGCUCUGCCUGGUUCCGGCGGCGCUCUUCACCAACGAGGUCAUCACCGCCUUCCUGACCACCGACCUGCCGGACAGCAGCAAGUACCAACCCGGCGGCGCGCUCUGCGUCACCUUCAUCGCCGCCGGGUUCCUGCUGGCCGGAGGAGUCAUCCUCUGUCUGUCCUGUCCAGGAAGCGGGUCCUCCGGACCGGACAGCGUCUCAAACUCCGACUCAAUCAGGAUGGAAAGGAGGCAGGAGCCGAAAGUGGAACCCAAACAGAAGAAGAAGAAAAGCGUGCGGCUGCAGACGGAUGAGGUGAGGCAGGAGAAAACGGUUCUGGACCGGCAGAAACUCCCACAGAAAGACCUGAAGGACAACUACAGCCUGCAGGAGUACGUCUGACGCUCAGGCGGAGGGGAAAUGUGGCGUUCAGGCGCCUGAACUGGGGGAGGUGUGUGUGGGUGUGUGGAGGGGAUAAUUACGAAAUGUUGUAAAUGACAGAUUGUAGAUUCAGCUGAAUGCCUCAGAAACAGAGCAGGACUCUAAAGGGAAAAAAAAAAACGAACCUCAGAGACACAAAAGGCUGAAAACCUUUAAAACUCGAUGCUGCAGCUUCACUGAAACCAAAAACCCGAAGACAAAAAAACGUUUCAGCUCAAACUGAAACCGAAAAGCCAUUUUAUUCCAGCCACUUUUCUGCCUUCAGAUAGAACUAAUGCUCCAACAGGGCUGCAACCAACAUUUCUGGGGACGGGGCCCCAAUGCAACAUUACAGGCAACAUUUUUUAUUUUUAUGCUGUUUGUUCUUGCAGUGCAUGAAAAAAAAAGUUUCGUUCUAGAGCCAAAAAAAUUUAUUUACUUUGUUUCCUUUAUUACCUGCAGAGAGAAUAACAAAAAAUGACUGAACAGGCUGCAGAGGAAAACUGGAAAGUUAAGAAAGCAAAACUAAAGCUUGAUUAAAAAUUUUGUCUGCUGAGAUAAAAAGAAAAGAUAAAAAUGUGCAGGUGCAUCAUGCAUGAUUCAUCUCUGCACAAAACCUCCAUCCAGUAACUCUCUGUAAAUGAAGUGAAAUAUUGUUUCCUUAUUAUCUGAUUUUUCUAGGUUCAAUUUCCAUUAUAAUUUAUUUUUAUUCUUGCAGGUUCUGUGGAAACAGAGAAAAGAUGCAGGGAAAAUAAGAAAAUUCACCAACAGUCUGAUGUUCCCACAAUUAUUGUUUUAGCAAAAAAAAAUUAAAAUAAAUCACAAUUCAGGUUUUGAAGAAUUUGUCCACAUUUGUCAAAUUUUUUUGACAGCAUCAAAAUACGGAAGAGGAUUAGGGCCACAGAAAA